AUGAAGACCAACACAGCUUCUGAAAUACUAAGAUUUCUGGAGCAGAGAAGCAUUCACGUCUUUGAAAACCACAGUGAACAAUCACUGAACGUCUCCAACUGUAUGACAAUUGUCGUGCCAGAGGAAAUUUUCUUCACCAUUGCUACAGUAGGAAUCCUGGAGAACUUGCUAGUCCUCCUUGCAGUAGGGAGGAAUAAGAACCUGCAUUCCCCCAUGUACAUUUUCAUUUGCAGCUUAGCUGUUUCAGACAUGUUAGGAAGCUUGUCCAAGACUCUGGAGAAUAUCUUCUAUAUCAUAUUUUGCAGAACGAGAUACCUUCCAUGUAGUGGAACAAUGAUAACAACUGUGGAUGAUAUUAUAGAUUUCAUGUUUAUUUUAUCUCUACUGGGAUCAAUUUUCAGCCUUUCAGCCAUUGCUGUGGACCGAUAUAUAACUAUAUUCUAUGCGCUGCGUUACCAUAACAUCAUGACUCAAAAGCGGGCUUUACUGAUUUUGCUGGUGAUUUGGGCUUUCUGUGCAGGGAGCGGCAUAGCAGUGGUGAUUUUCUCCCAUGAGAUCGCCACUAUUGUAUCUUUCUCAGCUCUGUUUUAUUUCAUGCUCAUUUUUAUCCUCUGCCUUUACAUCCAUAUGUUUCUGCUUGCCCGUUCCCAUGCCAUAAAGAUCGCCUUGAUGCCCGCAAGUUCUGUUCACCAGAGAGCUAACAUGAAAGGAGCCAUUACGUUAACAGUAUUACUUGGUGUUUUUCUCUGCUGCUGGGCUCCCUUUGUUCUUCACGUGCUUCUGAUACAGCUUUGCCCCCAAAAUCCUUACUGCAUUUGCUAUUUGUCCAUCUUCCAUGUCAACGGUAUGUUAAUCAUGUUCAAUGCUGUCAUUGAUCCCAUGAUUUAUGCAUUUCGAAGUCCAGAACUGAGAAGUACUUUUAAAAGAUUGUUCUGCUGCUGGCAGCCAAGCUGGGCUUAG